UCCGUGAGGUACUCAGGCGCUGUGCAUUCGCCCACUCCUCUGGAGUUUGAGCUUCGUUAAAACGUGGGCUUUCUCACGCCCACUCUGCUGUGUGGAGUUGGAGCUUUUCUCCCCUCAGCCUUUCCUCUUUGUGGCUUUCGGACUACUUACUGGCUGUCAGAAGUAAAGACCACUGCAAAGGUGUCAGUCAUGGCCUCUGAUGACAUUACCUACCUCACCGAAAAUAUGGAAUUGCCACCAGAAUUCCUGGAGCUGCAGCAGGUAGAUAAGGAGGCGACUCCUAGGGACACCGGGGGGAUGCAAACCCUCUUACACCAGGAUACUGGCGACAGUUGGGUCCACGGUGGCUAUCAUUACCCGCCUCUGUUUGCACUGCAGCCGGUUGUCACCAGUAAUGUGAGCAAUGACAACCUCCAGGAAUUGAUCUUGGUACAAACCCGAGAGGAGGUGGUGGACUACUGUGACUUAGACAGUCAGCAAGUCAACAGUGAGUUCAAGGGCCAGGUGAUCGUACCAGUUGACGGUGAAGACAAUUACUUCCAGUCGACUCAGGUCUCUUUGCCAUCCUCUGCCACACCAUCAUCCUCUGAUCACUCCGCAAAUCACAGCAGUCACAGCAAGAAGUGCAAAGGCAAGGGCAACAGCAGUGAGGCUAGGGCAGAAGGCAGCAGCUCCAAGGUGGGCAGCAAGAACUGGCAGCAGAAACCGGUAGAGGUCCAAACCCUACAGGAGAUUUUCCCCGUCAAGUUAUCCUCGAGCAAUGAAAGAGAUUUCGAGGUAGAGAUUCGCGGACAAACUGAAAACACGACUCCUGAUUAUUCAGAAUACAUGAAAGGGAAGAAACUACCUCCUGAAGGAAUACCUGGCAUUGACCUCUCUGAUCCCAAACAGUUGGCAGAAUUUACAAAAAUGAAGCCCAAAAAACCCAAAGAUGACAUUCCGAGAACUGUAGCUUGCUGUCAAGAAGGCUGCACGAAGAUGUUCAAGGAUAUCUAUGCUAUGAGAAAACAUCUGCACACCCAUGGUACCAGAGACUACAUAUGUGCAGAAUGUGGCAAAGGUUUUCUUGAGAACUCAAAACUUAAACGACAUCAGCUGGUUCAUACUGGAGAGAAGCCCUUCCAGUGCAUCUUUGAGGGCUGCGGGAAACGCUUUUCCCUGGAAUUCAAUUUGCGCACUCAUGUGCGAAUCCAUACAGGAGACAGGCCCUUCGUGUGCCCUUUCAAUGGUUGUGACCGGAGGUUUGCUCAGUCAACUAACCUGAAAUCGCAUAUUUUAGCACACGCUAAUAACAGGAACAUUCUGUAAAAAGGCUGGUAGUGUAGUUGGGAAUAAUUAUGCCUCCUGUU